AUGACAUUUGUCAGCUUAGCUGAUGCCUAUGAUAGAUAUGCUUUGUUUGGCAUGUUUGCGAAUCUAAUGUCAUGGUCGGUUACUUACUUACCAGUCAUCCUCUCACGCAUGCAUGUUUCCGUUGGACAUUGGCGAAUUUGGCGUCCUUUUCUUCAGUUCAGAAUAAGUUAUUUGAUUGUGAGCUUGGGUAUCCCCUCCAUUUGCCUCCUCUCAAUCCCAGUCAUAUACGUCAUAAUGGCAUCCAGAACAGCAACAUGGUCCGAUGCAGUCCAUGCUAUUGUACCGCAUAUUGUAACAAUAGUCUGGUCUGAUGUCACUAUGACGCUUCUGAUGAUAGGAUGGAAAGCAUUUGACUACGUGGAUCUUAUUUUGGCCUGCUGUGCUGUUUCAUUGUUCUUUUUCCCCACUCUUGCUGCCGGUGUUAUAGUGAUUGCUGUAAUAGCCACGCAACUCCAAAAAGCUAUCGACAUU